GCGGUUGAAUUGUACAAGUUAGUGGGACUGGGAUAGAAAGUUAAUUUCUGGGCUGAUUGCCCAUUGAGAGCAAGUUAAGGGGGCAAAUUCCUAUUUAAGCCGAUUCCUUCUGCACCCGACGCUGCAGCAACGGCGCCGUUUCAUCACCCUCUCAAUUUCAAAGUCAACCUCUUAAAAACGACUGCCUCCUCAUCGUUCCACGUUUAAAAAAUAAAAAAUAAAAAAUAAAGAAAAGGAUUCAGUCUUAAAAGCCAUUGAAAGUCUGCGCUGAAAUAUCACAAAAAUAAAAAUCUUGAGAUCGGCAGUUGGAAAAUUCACUGGUUUAAUACCGUGCUGAAGGCUUCUGAGGAGUAUGAAAUUGCUGCACAUGUUCUUAAAAAUAUUAUUUUAGUAGGAUUGAGAGAAAUUGAGCUCUAGGAAAGUGGAUUAAUCUCAAGGCUAUACUGCUGAAUCAAAUUGAAUGUGAAGAAUGACGGACUUGAAGUUUCCAAAACGUUACUGGAUUGUUAUUUUAACCUUCGUUAGCACUUGUGUUUGCUAUAUAGAACGAGUAGGUUUCUCUAUUGCAUAUACUGUUGCAGCUGAUGCUGCUGGUGUAAACCAAUCAACUAAAGGUACUAUGCUUGCGACAUUCUAUUAUGGUUAUGCCUGCUCCCAGGUGCCUGGUGGAUGGGCAGCUCAGAGAAUUGGGGGACGGAAGGUUCUCCUCCUCUCAUUUGUUUUGUGGUCAUCAACUUGCUUUCUGGUUCCUCUUGACCCCAAUCGAGUCAGCGUCUUGGUAAUGGCUCGCUUGCUUGUUGGUGUGGCACAAGGAUUCAUCUUUCCCUCCAUUCACACUGUUCUAGCACAAUGGGUUCCGCCCCAUGAAAGGUCUAGAUCUGUAUCUCUUACAACUUCUGGAAUGUAUCUAGGUGCAGCUAUGGGAAUGCUUGUCCUUCCAAGUCUAGUGAAAUACAAAGGCCCCCAGUCUGUAUUUCACAUUGAAGCAGCAUUAGGUGCUCUGUGGUCUCUUCUCUGGGUCAAAUAUGCAAGUGAUCCUCCUCGCUCUGAACAUCCAAAAGCUGCCGCAGCUGGGUUUGGAGAAUCUUUGCUGCCAAUCAAAGGCAGUCAGAAGACAAAAAUGGAGAAUGGAGGUACUGGAAUCAAAACUGCCAAGAUUCCAUGGAAGAGAAUUUUACUUAGCUUACCCAUUUGGGCAAUUGUGGUUAAUAAUUUUACAUUCCAUUAUGCUUUAUACGUUCUGAUGAACUGGCUACCAACUUACUUUGAACUGGGUCUCCAGCUAAGUCUUCAGGACAUGGGUUCCUCGAAGAUGUUGCCUUAUCUCAACAUGUUCAUAUUCUCAAAUAUUGGUGGGGUAGUUGCUGAUCACCUUAUCACAAAGAGAAUCUUAUCUGUAACUAAAACCCGGAAGUAUUUAAACACUCUAGGUUUCUUGGUUGCUUCUAUUGCAUUGAUGGCGCUUCCCCUCUUCAGAACUUCUACUGGGGCUGUUUUCUGUUCAUCUGUGGCUCUUGGAUUUUUGGCCCUUGGAAGGGCUGGGUUUGCAGUGAAUCACAUGGAUAUUGCUCCACGAUAUGCUGGAAUAGUGAUGGGAGUUUCGAACACCGCUGGUACUUUAGCUGGCAUUAUUGGAGUUGAUCUAACUGGCCAGCUUCUUGAAGGUGCUAAAACUGCUUAUUCAGAUCUUUCAAGUCCAGAAAGCUGGAGAUCUGUAUUUUUCAUACCAGGGUUGCUAUGCAUAUUUAGCACGUUCACAUUUUUGCUAUUUGCAACUGGAGAGAGGAUUUUUGAUUAGGUAAGUAUGUUUCACAUUAGGAUCUAUUGCAGAAGAUUAUCAUCUGGUUUUAAAUUGAAUAUUUGAAUGGCUACUUGCGGGAAUUUCUGAUUCUUGAUUGGACACACCACCUCUGCAUUUGGAAGGGUACAAUAUAUUAUAAGGAUAAGAGACCGUGAAGAUUUGGAUUGGUCCAUAUACAGUGGAUAGCACUCAUAUUUUCAUUUUGAAGGUAUAUUACUUAAAGAUCAUAUUCCCUUUUCCUUUCAAUAUCAUACUAGGGCAGGUUCAUUUUUUUUGGCAUAUAAUACUGCCGUUUUGAUGAUUCUGAUGACAAUUAACUGAAUGCACCUAAACCAUGUUUAUGUGGCGAUGUUUUGGCAAGCCAUUCGACCUUAAUAUACACCAGAUUCAGUGGUAGCAUGGAUCUUUUGAGAAACAAAAAAUAUACCUUACUAGAUCUUCAUUUAUGAGUACCUGUAUUGUUUAUAAGAGAAUUCUAUACAAUUUGUCAAAGUACAUUUGAGUUUCAGUUUCACUGUAGCUGGGGAACGCAGAGUCCUGGUUUGAUUAUUCAACAUUAAUUAAUUAAUUGAUUUGUUGGAUAUCACUUUUUGCUCCUGCAAGAAGUAGAUUUAUA